AUGGGUGAUGAUAAUCAGCGAGAAAACGUAUUUCCAACGAGACAAUCUCUAGGAUUGAUGAAAACAAAGCUCAAAGGAGCGACAACAGGGCAUUCACUUUUAAAACGCAAAUCAGAAGCACUUACAAAACAAUUCAGAACAAUUAUUAAGUCGAUUGACGAUACAAAGAUGGAAAUGGGGCGUACAAUGCAAUUGGCAGCUUUUUCAUUGGCUGAAAUGAGCUAUGUAACGGGUGAUGAGGUGAAAUACCAAAUUCUGGAAAGUGCACGAACAUCAAGUUGCCGUCUCAAAACAAAACAUGAAAACAUCAGUGGGGUAUUUUUGCCUGUAUAUGAAUGUGUUAUUAACAAUGAAAACGAUCAUCGGCUCAUUGGUCUUGGAAAAGGCGGCCAACAAGUACAGAAAUGCCAGGAAACACACAUCAAAGCCAUCAACAUCCUUGUAAAGCUUGCUUCUUUACAAGUAUUUUAUCCUCCCAAAUCUCCAGCCAUUAACAAUGUAGACCGCCUUUAUCAUCCUCGACGACGUCAUCAAAACUACAAACCGCAGAAAAAUACCAUCAAAUAUAUCAAUUCUGAGCUCGAAGAACUCGAGAGGGAAGACUUUACACGUCUUAAAAAAAUUCAAGUCAAAAAGAAGCGCGAUAUAGACUCUGAAAACAAAAAAUAUACAUCUGCUGCCCCCUCCGACGCCUCUACACCCUCCUCCUGCCCCUCUUCUCUCGGGGUUCCUCCCCCAAGUGCUCUUCAGACCGCUGAUGACGAUGACAUUAUUUUUUAG